GCAGAUGCAUGGUGGGUGGUCAGGAAAGGGUUAAGUGCUGUGCUCCAUAAAGUCUGUGUUAAGAGUUUGCUGAAAGCUACUGGUUCAGCCUUUAAAUACAGUCAUUUGACGCAUCCAACCAGGGGCUUGUAGCCGAGAGCAGCUGCUUGACCCAAACUGAGGCUAUAAGGCGAGCUGGUGCGUCGUCGGCAUCACACCUCUGUGGACAGCAUGAAGGCUCUGUUAUUCACCUGCGUGCUGGUGCCGUGGCUGGUGGCAGCAUCUGCCAGGUUUGAACCAGGCUCACAGCGGAUCCCAGGAUCUCUACCUGGCAGCCAGCUCAAUGGAUACUUCACUGACCAUUUGAAACUAAGGAGGGCAAGGAGGGCGCUGCCUCUUGAGGACGAGCCUGAUGACAGCCCAGCCACAGAUGGUGGAGACGCCUCCGACCUUCCCACCUGCCUGCUGUGUGUGUGUCUGACGGGCUCAGUGUACUGUGAGGAGGUCAGUCCAGACAUGACCAUGGUUCCCACACUGCCUAAAGAAACGUCCUAUCUGUACGCCCGCUUCAACAAGAUCAAAAAGAUCAGCUCCAAAGAUUUUGCAGACGUUGUGACUCUGAAGAGAAUUGACCUGACAGGCAACAUGAUCUCAGAGAUUGAAGAUGGGGCGUUCUCCAAGCUGACGCUGCUGGAGGAAUUGUCUCUGGCUGAGAACAGACUGGUGAAACUUCCUAUGCUCCCUCCCAAGCUCACAACCUUCAACGCCAACUACAACCUCCUCAAAACCAAGGGUGUCAAGGCCAACGCUUUCAAGAAACUUACCAAACUGGCCAACCUGUUCCUGGCCGACAAUCAGCUGGAAGCCGUUCCACACAUCCCAGAGAGCGUUCGGAUCUUACAUCUACAGAAUAACAACAUCACAGAGGUCAACAUAGACACCUUCUGCAGGUCCAAUGACACCUACUAUCUACGACCAAAGCUCAGUGAGGUCCGUAUGGACGGUAACCCAGUGGUGCUGUCCAAGUACCCCGACAGCUUCACCUGUAUGAAAGUACUGCCUGUCGGACAGUACCGCUGAGAAGGCAGAAACUUUACUGUAGCCCCUUUGUUGCUGAUGGAGCAGUUUUCCCACAACAUGUGCUGGGAUAUACCAUGACAUUCUGGAUUUUGAGGAGCUGGCCCCAAAGGUGCCAAUGUUUUUAUUUCAGAAAACCCACAAACAGCUUGCGUCACUGUCAAAAUGAAAUCAAUUAAUGGACUGGUUUGUGCAGAAUUGGAGGCUUUUCUCAACUCCUCUAGGGGCUAUUGACUGUUUAGGAGCACUAUUCCAAGUUAGUGCAACCAGUUUUAAAAUCUGCGUUUCUACCCAUAACGUCCUGACUUCCUGACUGGAAGUUGGACUGAGAAACAUGCAGUAAUGACUUCUUGGCUGCAUCUAGCUGCAUCUAUUUCCUGUGGUAGUCUACAAAUAGGGAUACAAACACACACUUCCAGAAGGUCUUUCACACAGACACACAAAGCCGUUCACCGUGCAAAGUGGAAGUAGAUAAUUGGAUGAUUUAUUAAAGAAUUGUCACAGGCUUUGACUUCACGCAUAUUGAGGCAUUGACUCUUUUAUUGUCAACAGUCCAAUUUAUUGUUUCAUUUUGACCAGACACCUUACAACUACCCGAAUCAAUAAACCUACACAAAAGGAUGCGGACACUGAACGCAUAAACAUAAAUCAGCAAACGUCAGCGGGGCGGCUUGUAUCUAUUAGUUUUAAACAACAGCCCGACAUAUUCACAUUAUUUGUCAAACAAAAUGUAAAAUGGAAGCAUUUUAUUACGAUACGCAAUGGUAAGUAGUAAAGAACUCUUUUUUUUAAUCCAGGAUAUUGCUAUUGAUGAGUUUGCAUAUUUUGCUGAUCUAAACUAGUAAAUUGUCCUACUAAAAUCUUUCAGUUUAAGAUUAUGUAUUUUUAAAAUAGAGCUUUGUCUCACAUAACAUCACAAAUGUCUGAAAAUAUUAGAUUAAAAAAAUUCCAUCUCUUUGAGGACCUCCUCCUGAUGAGCAGCCCCUUAACUGUCUUUCUUUAGUCAAACUCUCAACUGUACGACAUCUGUUCGUGUCUAUUUGAUCCAAUGCAUGAUUACGUUAGCAACAAUGCAUAUGAAGUGAUAGCAGUUUGCAGUGAGACAAUCUUAGUCAACGUUCGAAUUUAACCAGAGUUUAGAGCAGAGAGGCAUUCACAACAAGCUCAAGCCUGAGAUUACAAUUAGAUAGGUUUUAAAUAUGUUCACCAGGUCAAUUUCAGUCAAACAAAAACAGAUUUUACACCAAAAUGUUAAUCGUUAGUUAUAUUUACUCACAAACCUGAGAGAUUUAACAUUUCUCUUUGUGUUACCGGUAAGUUUUUCUGAGACGUCUUGCUUGUCAAAUACAUCCCAGCUGACUCAAGGUUAAGUAAACAAACAUUGAUAAAACAUUACAUGAACAUUACAUCUUCUUGAAAGGAUAAUAGUUAGUUGAUCAUUUUCUCAUUAAGUGAAAAGAGGGCUAAGCUCUGCCAUUGUGUGGAUCAAUAGUUCCAUUUAAAUGCUUCUCUAUAAGGACGAUGACAAUGCUUUCUGAAGUAUUUUGUGACUUAGAUACACUUUGUUUUUUUGUUUUUUGUUUUUUUUUUUAAUUUAUAGACUCUAGUUGAAGUGAACUGGGGAACAAUGUAUCUAUGAGCUAUAGUAAUGUGAAAGUAACUCCUCUCGCUUUUGUCUGCAUUUACAAUGUCAUCCUGAACUCUUCCCUUCCAGUAAUAAAAAUCACCUAAGAUUUUAUUACUGAUGUGAAUAAAACAGUGGUGUACAGGAAGAUGUGUAUGUGACAUGGCUAUGUUUGAAGAUAUUUUAUUAAACUUUUUUUUAAUUAA